GCCAUUGACUUUAGCCAAUUUUCGGCUGGUGCAGGCUGCAAUCCAAAGCAAUAUCAAGGCUACAAACUAAAAGCUCUAUUCAAGUAAUAGUAUAUAACUGAUUCACAAAAAGCAAAGACAUCUCGAUCCCUUACCAACCCCAUUAAGAUCAUGGAAUGAUUAGUUCAUGUCAACUUUGUUGACCAAUAUAAAUUGUUGUUGUUGCUGCUGUUUGGUCAAGUUGCCGUGAGUGAAAUACUGAAAUCUAUAAGAUUUCAUGGUCUCCAUAAUCAUCAUGUUUAUCAUCAUAAUUUUCUUUUUAUCUUCUUGAAAUUGAACUGUUUUGUAUUCUCCACCAACCAUAUUAACCUUCCAUUCAAUGCUCCUGAAUUCCCUCAAAGCAAAAGCUCCCUUUGCUUUACCAACACUUCUCUCUCUCUCUAGCUCUUCUCAUAACUUUCCUUUGAGGUCAUGCUACUGUUCAGCCUCACUUUAACCGUUAGUUACCUCAUUAUCUAUAGCUUUUCCUUGAUGAUCUUGUGAAGAGACAAAACAGACAUCUCUUUGGUCAUAUCUAUCCUUUUCUUUUCUCCCUAUGGAAUCUCUGAAACAAGCUUCUUCUUCUAGGUUCUGCUACCAUCAAGGCUUCUCAGGAGUUCUCCAAGUGUUCGUUCACAACGCAAGAAACAUCCACAACAUCUGCAUCUACGACAACCAAGACGUCUACGCCAAGUUCUCUCUCACUUACAACCCUGACGACACCAUCUCCACUAGAAUCGUCCACAGAGCUGGCAAGAACCCUGAGUUCAACCAGAAGCUUAUGAUCAAUGUGAAUCAGAUCGAUGCUGCAGUUCUUAAAUGUGAGAUCUGGAUGAUGAGCAGAGCCAGACAUUACAUGGAAGAUCAGCUUCUUGGUUUCGCGCUUGUCCCAGUCUCAGACAUCAUAGGUCAGGACAGUGUCACUCAAGAUUACAGUCUUUCUUCCACCGAUCUCUUCCAUUCACCUGCUGGUACCGUAAAGCUCACGCUUUCCAUCGUCAACCCUUCUCUUCUUGCUACUUCUUCUUCAUCCAAUCCCAAGGUCAACACUUCAAUUUCUUCCGAGGUUGUGUUACUUAGCCCCCAAGUUUCUGAAACUGUAGAUUACACGAGGAUUGAGUUCCCUGACAUCAAUGUUGUUAACGAGAACAAACAAAUGGUUACAGAGUACUUCAAUGGAAUGGGUGUCAGGUCUGGAACAGCUUCUUUUCUCUGUCUCGGCUCAACACACUUGCCUGAAACCGACAUAACAAUGGUGUGCUUGGAAGACAAAGAGCUUCGCGGGAAUGGAAGCUUUAUGGCUUCUUCUUCAACAACAACAAGCUUAAGCGACGACAAGAACACAGCUGAUUCAAACGAGAACCGAGAGGUGGCAAAGGUAUUAAGAGGGAGCAAAGGAGACGAAGUUGAGGAAGGAGAACAGAAAAUGAAUGUGGAAACAGAGGAAACAUCGAUGCAGAAACAGAUAGCAGAGAUGUAUAUGAGAAGUAUGCAACAGUUCACCGAGUCUUUAGCAAAGAUGAAGCUUCCCAUGGAUCACAACAACAAUAACAACAACACUGAAACUCAGAUUCAGAAUCGGAAUAACAAUAAUAAUGGUAAUAACAAUAACGGCACGGAGAAGAAAAAAGAAGGGUCUCGUGUCUUUUACGGAAGCAGAGCAUUCUUCUAAUUAUGGAACCAAGAACUCGUUUGCAAAUAAGUCUUUGUUGUGACAUUUUAGCUUCUUUGGUAAUCGAUCUCUUUAUGUUACAUUCACAUGAUAUUCCUGUAAUCGAGUUUCAAUAU